AUGUCGCGUAGCGCGCCGGCCUCCAGCCGCAGCCUCCUCGCCGCCCCCAAGUUCUCUACGCAUCCCAAAGUGCUCAGCGAUAGGCCCUAUGACCGACCGUCGCCGCCGCCCCUGCCUCAAGAAGACCAGCGGGAGUUUGAGGAGCUCGUGCGCAAAGCACAGACGCCCCUAGUUGCCCCCUCUUCUGCUCCCGCUUCUACGACCGCAGUCUCAGCCGAGGCCGACCUCGCGCUGCAUCCCGACGCGCGACGCCCCGUGGCCCCCGAGUUCAUAGGAGACGUGAACCCGGUGACGGGCGAGCAGGGAGGGCCGAAGAACGAGCCGGUGCACAGGUGGAGGGAGGACGAAGGGGAUUGGAGUUUCAAGGGUAGGGUGUCGGAUUUCUGAUGGAGACAAUCGUCUACGCGAUUUUUGCCCCGCCCGCUAUCGUGGUGGACUACAUGAGGUUGUCUACAUACCUUCUACAGUUCUGUAAUCCAUGCAUGGCGACUUUGUCGACGUAAUCAC